AUGUUCAAGAUCGCCCCCUUCGUUGCCUGUCUAGUCUUUCUCGUCGUGGCCCACGACGAUGGUCACCAUUCCCAUCCGCAGUACAAGUUCCAGUACGGGGUGAAUGACGGCCACACCGGAGAUCACAAAUCCCAGUGGGAACACCGGGACGGAGAGCACGUGGAAGGAUCGUACACCGUACAGGAGGCGGACGGAACGCACCGGGUUGUAAACUACAAAUCGGAUCCGGCGGCUGGCUUUCAGGCGCAUGUCAAACGCGACGGACAUGCACAUCACCCGCAUGGACAGAGUUAUGCCAACAUUGAUCAGCAUCACUAG